AUGGCGCCGGCUCGCGUGACCCGCUCGAAAUCGAGCGCUGCGGCGAAGAAAUCAUCCCCGAGCUUCGCCAUCGGUUUCGCGUACCUGCUCGCGACGCAACUCACGUCGAAAUUGUUGCCAUUUUUCAUCAACACCCUCGUCGCGCGACGGCUCACGCCGGAGGAGUUUGGUGUUCCAACCGUGCACUUUUAUCUCCUCUCCACAGUGAUCCUCACCACGCGUGAAGGCUUUCGCCGAGCGCUGAUGAGGGAUUCAGUGGAGGAGAGCUCGCUGGGAUACGCUUGGCUCGUUUUACCCGUCGGUGGGUUCCUCUCCAUCGCCGUUCCGUUCGCGGUGGUGUGGUCACAAAACAUAUCGACUAGCACGCCAUACGGGCAGGCGCUGUUGUACUAUGGAGUCGCGGCUUUCAUCGAACUGUGUGCUGAACCGCACUACAUCCGGGCGAUGCGAAUGUCCGCGUUCAAGCUGCGACUUUCCGCUGAGACAACAUCGACGGUGCUUCGAAGCUUCCUAACGUACGCACUGGUAUCGUACAACCAAGACGUCGUGUUGGCUUUCGCGUACUCUCAGUUGGCGUACGCAAUAUCGAUGGCGGUCAUUUAUCUCAACGCAGCUCCGAACGCGAGUGAACGCGAGACAGGGAAAGACGAAGCGACAGUUAAAUUAAUUGGUAUUUUUUCACUCCAGGCGGUGUGGAAACUCAUUCUAGCGGAAGGAGAAAAGGCUGCCUUGAUCGCAGUAGCGGCAGCGGACGAAGUUGGGGUAUACGGCCUCGUUGCUUCGCUUGGCGCGGCAUUCGCGAGAUUGGUGCUCCAACCUUUUGAGGAGGCGGCAUUCGUUAUUUUCACGCGUAAUGUUUCUUCAAAGACGCGAUCGGCGAAGGAAAAAGAUGUGUUCAACGCCUUGUUGCGAGUGGCUAUUAUUUUCGGCAGUACGGCGGCACUCAUGGGUCCGCAUUUUUCAUGGUUGGCUCUCAGAAUUUUAUAUGGCGAACGAUGGGCAAAUCAGCAUUUCGCGUCGGAAACACUUGGUUUCUACGCGAUUCUACUCCUACCACUUGCUGUGAACGGCAUCACGGAGGCUUACGCUCAUGCGGUGAUGUCCUCCUCGGAGUUGAGUUCGUCCAACAUUUGGUUACUAGUGUGUUCUCUCGUUAAUGUGGGCGGUACGUUACUCCUUCAAAAGUCACUCGGGCCAGUUUCCCUGCUUGUGGCGAACGCCGUGAGCAUGGUGGUUCGAAUCGCCUUCACUGGGUCGUACAUACGAAGACGCUUCGUUCGCCUGAAGGUCAAUACUGACCUGAAGUUCCUCUCAAAAACAUACCUCUUGGUGCUCGUCGUUUUCUCCAUCGUCGCCCAUGCAUCUGCCCGGGUGCUCCGUCGCAAUCCGACAUCGCUCGCACUGCUGGCGCACACUGGUUGCGGAGCGGCAAUCCUGGCCGUUCUCCUCGUCACGCUGUACUUCAACGAGCGGGAUGCACUUUUACACCUAUCACGAAAUGAUAAAGGCGAUUAG